GUUUACAGGGACGACGGAGAUAACUGAGUCUCAAUGGAAGGACAGCGGGGAACAAAGCCAAACAGUCAGCUCGCUGCGUGUGCCCAGUCUUGUUGCAGUGGGGGAGGAUGUGUUUGCCGUUGCCGAGGCGCAGUGCGCGAAUGGAGACAGCGACGCAGGCUGCUUUGUCGGGAUUGCGUCGAAGCACCUCAAGCAAACCGCGGAGGGCGCAAUGGAGAUCUCGGCGGCGGAGGCAAGUCUCUUUCGCAUACGAAUUGGAGCGGAAGGCGUCCCCGCUGGCCUGCAGGCAACGGAGGUAAUGCGGCCAACAACACUUGUGCGGGGCGACGAAAUAUACGUGCUGCUGGGAAGAUACAGCCGCACACAGGCUGCGGGUCAAGGCGCCGCUACAACUGUUGGGGGGCUGUUGCUGGUGAAAGGGAGUGCCACCGGAGCGGACGGGGCAAAGGCAAUUCAGCUGGACAAGGCCGCUGCACUGACUCCUGAAGCCACGAGGCUUUCUGGCUCCCUUGCACAGGUGGCUGUUGGCGGAGGCCCGGGUGUUGUGCUGAAGGACGGCACGCUUGUGUUCCCCAUGCAGGCCACAGACAAGAAGAGUGGAAAGAGCGUCUUGCUCUCCAUGAGCCUGGCACCAUCGGGGAGUAAAUGGGCGCUUUCGUCAGUGGCGACCGGUAAGGGCUGCAGGAACCCGUCCAUCGUGGAGUGGGGCGGAGACGAAAAGAAACUCCUCAUGCUCGCGUCCUGCGAGGACGGCUACUACAAGGUGUACGAGUCCACUGCGGCCGGGAACAUCUGGUCCCAAGUGGGCGAGCCGAUUUCCCGCGUGUGGGGCACCUCACAGAACCGUCAAGGAGGGGACGGCGUGCAGGGCGGCCUCACCACCGCAGAAAUCGAGAAGCAAAAGGUGAUGCUGCUCACCACGCCGGUGUACUCAGAGGAGAAGGAAGGCGCCGCCACAAGGGCCCGGCUGCAUCUUUGGGCGACGGACAUGCAACGCGUACAUGACGUUGGGCCGGUGUCUCGUGAAGCCGAUGACGCCGCAGCCAGUUCCCUGCUGUACAAAAACGGCACGAGUGAGUUGAUUGCACUGUACGAGAAGAAGAAUGGCGAUGAUGACUCGUACGGACUCGUCGCUGUGAGCCUGACUGCGAAGCUGGAGCAGAUCAAGUCUGUGGUGAAGACCUGGAAGGACAUGGACGCCGCCUUGCAAAGCUGCACUUCCAGUGGCGGCGUCGACCCGCGAAAGAGGGGCAUGUGCAACGGCCCCAUUCCCACGAAAGGGCUGGUUGGCUUUUUGUCCGGUAAUUCGGCUGGGCGCGCGUGGGUGGACGAGUACCGCGGCGUGAACGCCACGGUGACGCAGGGAGAGAGAAGGGUCCCCAACGGCGUGACGUUCACAGGCGCCGGAGCGGGGGCGGAGUGGCCUGUGGGAAAGCAGGGAAAGCACCAGCUGUACGGCUUCGCCAGAAACAAGUUCACGCUCGCGGCGACGGUGGCCAUCCACGCGGUGCCGGGGGCGGACGGCCGCCCCAUCCCGUUGAUGGGUGCGAGGAUGAGUGACGCAAACGGCACUGUGCUCUUUGGCCUGUCUUACACGAAGGACAAGACGUGGGCGCUGACGGUCAACGGCAAGGGCCGGGAGGCGGCGGGCGGUGCGUGGGAGAAGGACAAGACGUACCAGGUGGCGCUGCGAAUGCGUGACCUCGGCAAUUGGCGUGUGGACGUUGACGGGGAAACGAUUUUCGAAGGGAGCUCUGACGUCCCUCUGUUGAAGAGAGGCACGAUGUCGCACUUCUACGUUGGCGGCGACGGCGCGAAGGCUGCAGCGGACGGCCACCGCGUGACGGUGAGUAACGUCCUGCUGUACAACCGCCCGCUGGAGGAGGGCGAUGUCAGGGCACUCGCAGCCGGCAAAGUCGCCAUCCCGCCGCCGGAUGGCGGCAGCUCGCCCACCACGCAGGCGGGAGGUGGGGGUGCUGACAGCGCAGAGCCCGCCGCCAGCGUCGCUAAGGCCGCGAGCACCGCUGCCCCGAGGGCGCGGAGCUCAAAGAGCGACGUCACUGUGCAUUGGCGUGUGCCGCAGGUGCUGCUGCUGCUGCUACUGGAGCUGUGCGGCGUUGCGGCUCUGUGCAGGAUGUGA